AUGAAUAAAUUGUUAUAUUUAUAUUUUAUAUCUAUUUUGUUGUUUUUAAAUGUUUUUAUUUAUGGAGAGGUUAUAGUUUAUCAAGGAGUAGCAGAUGAUCCAUCACUGGAGACAGCUUGGAAGAAUGGUGCAUUAUUAAAUCAAACAUUGGCACAGUUACAACCGGGAGAUGAAUUGUUGUUCCCAAAUGUAACAAUCUAUCUAGUUGGUGGAAUCAUUGCAAACAAUCUACAAUCGGUGACUCUUCGAUUCGAUGGUACUCUAAUAUUCACAGAUAAUACUCAUAGCUGGCCAAAGACUGAAAAUGGUCAGGUGCUUGAGUGUUUCCAAUUCAACAAUUUCGUUAAUGUUACACUGACUUCGUCUCAUCAAGGUUUGCUCGAUGGCCAAGGUGAAGCGUGGUGGGGAUUACUUGGUUACGUGGAAUACCAGGAGAAUCGACCAAGAAUGCUAUCAAUGGGAAACUCUAAGGAUAUACUUUUAGAGAAUCUUUAUUUCAAGAACUCACCAUACUGGACAGUUUGGAUCUACAAUGUAGAUGGAUUGGAAAUAAGAUACAGUCAUAUUUCUAAUCGUAGAAAUGAUUAUGAUGGUCAUGAUGACUAUAACAUGGAAGCAUUUAAUACAGAUGGAUUUGAUGUAACAGGAAAGAAUGUUUGGAUUCAUGAUUGUACAGUUUGGAAUCAAGAUGAUUGUAUUGCUGUAAAAGAUGGAUCAGAGAAUAUGUUGAUCGAAAGAGUGAAUGCAAGUGGAGUCGGUUUGACAAUUGGAUCGAUUGGAGGUUCAGAUGUUAGAAAUAUUACAUUUAGAGAUUGCUAUAUGCAUAAAACUUUUAAGGGUAUCUAUAUGAAGUUCAGAGGUGAUGGAUUGAUUACCGAUGUGCUCUAUGAGAACAUUGUCAUCUAUCAGCCAGAGCAAUGGGCAACCUGGAUUGGACCGGCACAACAAGCAGACAACGUAGAUAUCUGUUUACCAGCACCCUGCAGUCUUUGCUGGCCAAUGAUACCGUUUGCAGAGUGCAACAUGCCAAACAAUGCAAGCUACAUCGACAUAACACUCCGAAACAUCGAGAUUAUCGAUCCCAAAAAGACUGGUGUGAUCAUUGGCAGUGAGACAAAUCCAAUGAUCAACAUCACAUUUGAUAAUGUCGUAGUACAAAACGCCCCAUCAAAUUACUUUGAAUGCAAAAAUGUUCAGAGUGAAAGAAAAGAAAAGAAAAAGGUAAUUUGGUUCAAAAGAAAAUUGGAUGUUGUUGGCAUCAUCAUUCACAUCUCUUAUAGUUAUCAACAUCAAUUUUUAUUCUAUCUAUUAAAUUGCUCAUCAAUCAUUCGCAGAAUUAAUUUUAGAGUUGUAUUCAUUUUCGAUUCGAUUGGAUUGAAUCGAUUUACAUUAGAAAAAGUUAGGGAUAGAUAG